UCCGUGAAGCGGAAAAAGUAUACAGCCACUGACUACUGCGGAGGUUGCAUUGCUUUUAAUGCCUCAUUGCCACUGCAGAGGUCUGAUUGAACGUAUAUUGGGUUUUACUGUUUCGCUGCACAGAUAGCGCUGCUGUAAUCAGUCUGGUAUUGUAUAAGCUACCCUUACUGGGCCUCAGUAAAUUAUUACUAUCUGGACUCUCGAUGAGGAUGUUGUUCCAAGUGGCUAUCGGGUAGAGGUAGAGGUAGACGAUAACAGAUAUCAGGAUGCUAUGUGAAUUGGGUGUUGAACGUUUCAUUGACUCUAGUAGAUCAGGUAAAAUCUUACCCAGGAUCUUUCUGAAGUACGAUUAGCCUACAUUAUACGUUUAUUUGUCACAACUGAAAUCGAGUUUCGAUAUUUAAAAGGACGUUUGAUUGCUCUGGUCUAGUUGUGACAAAGAAAGUAACUAGUGUGGGCUAGCUACAGAUUUACUCUUGAGGUUUUUUUUUUUGAAGAAAGGCUGAAGAAAGAAUAGCUUCCACGAUGGAUCAGGACAGAGCUAGCCCACCCCCCUCCACCCUGCUGGAGUCCCCUGGUCACAACUCUCCUGGUAGAGCCUUACUGCUGGGUCUGAAGAGGGUGUCUGUGUGGCUGGUCGACUGCAGGAAAACACCAGGGCAGAGUGGAACUGUAAGAGAAGGACACGAGGAGGAGAGAGAUGGAGAUUUGAUUUCAUCAAGGGACACUCCAAACCGUCGUUCUCUCAGUGGGAGGGGCUUAUCAUCUGGGGAGCCUCAACCACAUCAUGUUGCUGACGAGACAGAGAAGAGUCUCUCCAGAUCAGAACAUCUCAAGAAACACCAGCAGAGAGGUACAAGGAAGAAACCUCACCACUGGUCCUCUGACUGUGGGAAGAGUUUCCGAAGCCGGAGUGGAAUCAUUAUUCAACAGCGGAUUAACAACAGAGAGAAACCGUACUGCUGCUCUCAUUGUGGGAUGAGUUUCGCUGCCUCUCAAACCUUAAAAUUUCAUCAGAGAAUUCAUACAGGGGAGAGGCCUUACCCCUGCGUUGAUUGUGGGAAAUGCUUUGCUUUAGCUUGCUCCCUGACUAUACACCAGCGCAUACACACAGGAGAGAAGCCUUAUAGCUGUGAUCAGUGUGGGAAGAGCUUCAGUCAAUCAGGGAGCCUGAAUUCACACCUGCGAACACACACUGGAGAGAAACCUUAUAGCUGUGAUCAGUGUGGGAAGAGCUUUUCUCGAUCAGUACAUCUGACUAGACACCAGCGCAUACAUACAGGAGAGAAGCCUUAUAGCUGUGAUCAGUGUGGGAAAAGCUUUUCUCGAUCAUUACAUCUGACUAGCCACCAGCGCAUACACACAGGAGAGAAGCCUUAUAGCUGUUAUCAGUGUGGGAAGAGCUUCAGUCAUUCAGGCCAACUGACUAGACACCAGCGCAUACAUACAGGAGAGAAGCCUUAUAGCUGUGGUCAGUGUGGGAAGAGCUUUUCUCGAUCAGUACAUCUGACUUGCCACCAGCGCAUACACACAGGAGAGAAGCCUUAUAGCUGUGGUCAGUGUGGGAAGAGCUUCAGGCAUUCAGGGAGCCUGAAAUCACAUCAGCGAAUACACACUGGAGAGAAGCCUUAUAGCUGUGAUCAGUGUUGGAAGAGCUUCAGUGAUUCAGGCCAACUGACUAGACACCUGCAAACACACACAGGAGAGAAGCCUUAUAGCUGUCAUCAGUGUGGGAAGGGCUUUUCUCGAUCAGUACCUCUGACUAUACACCUGCGAACACACACUGGAGAGAAGCCUUAUCGCUGUGGUCAGUGUGGGAAGAGCUUCAAUCAAUUUGGGCAUCUGAAUUCACACCAGCGAACACACACUGGAGAGAAACCUUAUAGCUGUGAUCAGUGUGGGAAGAGCUUUGCUCAAUCAGGCCAGCUGACUAUACACCUGCGCAUACACACAGGAGAGAAGCCUUAUAGCUGUGAUCAGUGUGGAAAGGGCUUUGCUCGAUCAGGCCAGCUGACUGUACACCAGCGAACACACACUAGAGAGAACCCUUAGAUAGGUAUAUGUGGGAAGAGCUUUGUUAAUUUAGGGCCAAUGAGAAAAUACCAAAAAGCACAAACAUGACGUAUUUCAUAUCCCUCCUAUCCAGCACUGGUUCCAGAUCCCUAAAUAAAGGAUCAAUAGAAAACAUCUAGUGAACAGUCAUAUCCAUCUCCCAUUCUUAAACAGUUGACUUAGUCUGAUCACCAUGGUAACGUCUCUGGAACAUAAUAUGCAGCUCUGAUCAACGAUCAUUUCUCCCCUGUGUCUAUGUAAUAUCAUACAUUGUGAUCUAAAUGGAUAAAUGUUAUCAUAGAAAAUGUCAUAGUGAACCUGUGUGUGUUGGGGGGGAUGUUGAUAAUUGUAUCUUCUUUCAUAUACUCAUGAUACUAUUAUUAUUAAAUGUCAUUAUGUAGAAUAAUGUUUCAACAAUAGGUGUAUAUUCAUGUUUUCAAUUGAUCAAUGAAUUAAAUCCAUUAUCUUCCAAACAAGAAGUUAUCACUUUAAUUUGAUAUUUUUAUAAUAAUUAUCUAAAUUGAUUAAAACUAAUCAAUGAUACAUUGGGUAAUAAUAUCCAUGAGGUCAAGGCAAAAACUAUGUAUGCUGUGUCUUGUAACAGCGGUUAAUGUAAUAACUUUUAGAUUUCUAAUGUAAUAAU